AUGCAAUGGAGAGGAACACACGUCUGUGGAGGGGCCAUCGUCUCCCCUCGCUGGGUCAUCACUGCAGCUCACUGCUUUGUUGAGAACAACAUGCUGGAAGUGUCUGACUGGCUGGUGGUGGUGGACACAGUCAGCAUUGCAGACGUCUCUCUUGGGGAACGUUACAGAGCUCUGCAGGUUCUUUAUCACCCUCAGUUCAACACAUUUAACAACGACUAUGAUGUGGGCCUGCUGCGCACCAUCACUGACAUGGACAUGAGAGCUGGGGUGCGACCGGUCUGUUUACCCAGUCCGAGCGAGUCCUUUCCUCCUGGAGCGGCCUGUUGGAUCACAGGCUGGGGACAUAUUCAUGAGGGAGGCUUUGUGUCAGAUGAGCUAAGGCAGGCCCAGGUCAAAGUCAUAGCUCAACCGGUCUGUUCCCACCCGAGCGCCUAUGGUAAUUACCUAACUCCUCAGAUGAUUUGUGCUGGCACCAUGGACGGAGGAGUGGACUCCUGUCAGGGGGACAGUGGUGGGCCCCUGGUGUGUGAGACAGCCAGUGGGGACUGGAGGCUGGCAGGCGUGGUGAGCUGGGGAGAGGGCUGCGGACGACGCAACAAACCAGGCGUCUACAGCAGAGUAACCGAACUGAUCCCCUGGGUUAAAGGACAUAUAGAGGACAAACCAGAAGAAUUGGAGGAGACCAUCACAGCCAUUACCGACACCUCACAGAAACCGGACUCUUAUAACUUGCAAUAA